UGGAAGGCGUCACGCUCCUACUGACUUCCUGAGGGUUGUAGGGAGGAUGAUGUCCCUCUGCACCGCGGCCGACCACAAGCGACUCAAAGUGUGGAUGGCAAAGCCAUGACGAUCACAGAAGCCAUCGAGAUUCCACAGUUUAUCGGCCGCAGUUACCUGAUCUAUGACAAUCCAGACAUCCUCAAGAGGGUAUCAGGAUCAAGAACAAAUGCAUUCAUGAGGUUUAAGACAACUGCCAAAGAUGGCCUGUUGUUGUGGAGGGGAGACAGCCCCAUGAGACCCAACAGUGACUUCAUUUCCUUGGGCCUUCGAGAUGGAGCCCUGGUGUUCAGCUAUAACCUGGGCAGUGGUGUGGCAUCCAUCAUGGUUAAUGGCUCCUUCAAUGAUGGUCGGUGGCACCGAGUCAAGGCUGUUAGGGAUGGCCAAUCUGGAAAGAUAACUGUGGAUGACUAUGGGGCCAGAACAGGCAAAUCACCUGGCAUGAUGAGGCAGCUCAACAUCAAUGGAGCUCUGUAUGUGGGUGGAAUGAAGGAAAUUGCUCUGCACACUAACAGGCAAUACAUGCGAGGCCUUGUGGGCUGUAUUUCUCAUUUUACCCUGUCCACCGAUUACCACAUUUCCCUCGUGGAAGACGCCGUGGAUGGGAAAAACAUCAACACUUGUGGAGCCAAGUAACACCAGCUGGCCUUGCCCAAGGGACACAGCCUUCUAUCCUGAGAAUCCCAGGGGGCCCCGAGCCCCUGCCUGAUGCCAUACGCAGAGGCACGGGGACCAGGUGUGUUUCCUCUCAUCAAGGAGAAAGUAUGCCCUGAUGAGAAACGAGACCCAAGACAGGAGUCCCUGUGUGGCCUUUCCUGCUGACACUCUGUGGGCCAAACCCAGCGGAAUACUCUGUGUAGGAAGCAUCGAAUUUUCUCCAUUGAAUGUGUAGGGGCUGCCAGAGAUCACACAUCAAUGCAAAUUCCAGAGCCUGUCUGCUGUAGCUCAAUGACUGUGUUGUGAUUCAUAGUGCAAAAAAAAAAAAAAAAAAAAAAAAAAAAAAAAAGAGACCCAAAGGGCCAAAGGGCAGGAUUAAAAUACUUCCCUCCUUCCCUGACUCAUGACACUCUUACUGACAGCAGAAUGACCAUUGACCGUGAACCUCGAAUUUCUCACCUUGGUCCGAGAAUUGUUAGGAUUAACCCCUUCCACUCCUCAGUGGCUAGUUCAGUGUGCUCUAUUCCAUGAAAAUAAGGAUGAGGGGAGACUAGACAUGGAAUUACAGUUAUAAUGCUGCCCCCCCCAAGUUUACCUUUAAUGGAAAACCCCUACUUUUUAUAAUGGAAAUCUAAGAAAAUGGGCACCAUGAUUUUGUAGCUGUCUUUUUGUAUGUGUAUAUUUUUAUAGCUGCAGAUUGUCCGCACAGUAUACUUUUGCCAGUUGGCGUGGACAACCCUGAAUUCUUUGCACACUUCCAAAAAUUUUUCUCCCCAAAGAGGCUUGUUUGGGCCCUUUUGGCAUCAUUUGGAGUGGGAUAGGUAGCUUGGGGUGAGCACGUUGGGGAGCUGACCAUUCUCUUUUGGUAAACGUUGGCUCAAGGAGAUGAAUAUGAAGCUUCCAAAAUAAGCAGAUUAAAAGGCACUUACUUGUGUUAUUACU